AUGGUGUCCUCCUCCUCGGCGUCCGGCGGCGACGGGUGCACGGCGGCGGCGGUGCGGGAGGUGGCGACGGCGCGGUUCGCGCGGCAGGUGGUGCUGGGGCGCUGGUUCAUGGUCUUCGCCUGCCUGCUCAUCCUCUCCGCCUCCGGGGCCACCUACAUCUUCGGGCUCUACUCCAAGGUGCUCAAGUCGGCGCUGGGCUACGACCAGCAGACCCUCAACACCUUCGCCUUCUUCAAGGACCUCGGCGCCAACGUCGGCGUCCUCUCCGGCCUCAUCAACGAGGUCACGCCGCCCUGGGUCGUGCUCGCCAUCGGCGCCGCCAUGAACCUCGUCGGCUACCUCAUGAUCUACCUCGCCAUCGACGGCCGGACCGCCCGCCCGCCCGUGUGGCUCAUGUGCGUCUACAUCUGCGUCGGCGCCAACUCCCAGUCCUUCACCAACACCGGCGCUCUCGUCACCUGCGUCAAGAACUUCCCGGGGAGCCGCGGCGCCGUGCUGGGCCUGCUCAAGGGCUUCGUGGGGCUCAGCGGCGCCAUCUUCACCCAGCUCUACAUCGCCAUCUACGGCGACGACGCCAAGUCGCUCGUGCUGCUGGUGGCGUGGCUCCCCGCCGCCGUCUGCAUCGUCUUCGUCCACACGGUCCGCAUCAUGCCGCACCGCCCCGUCCGGCGCGGCGGCGAGGAGGAGACGGCCGCCACCACCAGCGACCCCUUCUACUGCUUCCUCUACAUCUCCAUGGCGCUCGCCACCUACCUGCUCGUCAUGAUCGUGGUGCAGAACCAGCUGGACCUCUCGCACCCGGCCCUCGUCGUCUCCGCCACCGCGCUCAUGCUCAUCCUCCUCCUCCCCCUCGCCGUCGUCGUCAAGCAGGAGUACAGGAUCAAGAGGGAGCUCGAGGAGUCCCUCCUCCUCGUGCCUCCGACCGUGACCGUCGACAAGCCAGCCGCCCUGCAACUGCAAAUGGCCACCACAAAAACAGAGACAGAAACAGAGGACGCCACAACGUCGGCUGCAACGUUGGCUUCGCCGGCACGGCCGUCGCCUUCCCGCAGCUGCUUCGGGUCGUCGUGUCUAAAGGAGAUGUUCAGCCCGCCGGCGCAGGGGGAGGACUACACGAUCCUGCAGGCGCUGGUGAGCGUGGACAUGCUGGUGCUGUUCCUGGCCACCAUCUGCGGCGUGGGGGGCACGCUGACGGCCAUCGACAACAUGGGCCAGAUCGGGCAGUCCCUGGGCUACCCGCCCAAGAGCAUCAAGACCUUCAUCUCCCUCAUCAGCAUCUGGAACUACGCCGGCCGGGUCACCGCCGGGUUCGCGUCGGAGGCGGUGCUGGCGCGCUACAAGUUCCCGCGCCCGCUCAUGCUGACGCUGGUGCUGCUGCUGGCGUGCGUCGGGCACCUCCUCAUCGCCUUCGGAGUUCCGCAGUCUCUCUACGCGGCGUCGGUGGUGAUCGGGUUCUGCUUCGGGGCACAGUGGCCGCUGCUGUUCGCCAUCAUCUCGGAGCUCUUCGGCCUCAAGUACUACUCCACGCUCUACAACUUCGGGUCCGUGGCCAGCCCCAUCGGCGCCUACGCGCUCAACGUGCGCGUGGCGGGGUACCUCUACGACGUGGAGGCCGCCAGGCAGCACGGCGGCACGCUGGACGGCGCCGGCGACAAGACCUGCAUCGGCGUGCAGUGCUUCAAGCUCGCCUUCCUCAUCAUCACCGCCGCCACCGUCGCCGGCGCGCUCGUCUCGCUCCUGCUCGUCUGGCGCACCCGCAACUUCUACCGCAGCGACAUCUACGCAAAGUUCAGGGACGCCGCCGCCGACGCCGACGGCGAGCCGGCGCACCGGCCCGCCGAGUCAAGCGCGGUCAACGGGAGCAAGCCUGUAAGUAGCAGUGGAUGGGAGGUCCCGUUGGGAGUAGGGAGCACAGCCAAGUUGACAGUGUUGUUGAUUUCGACGUGUAAACUUGCUACUAAUUACAGGCUCACGCUGCUUAAUUACAGUAGCUCAUUAUGA